AAUGACAGUUCGGGAACCGGAUUCUCGCGGGAUUUCCCGAGUCUGGACCUGAAGUUGCGGUGGGCUGCAGAAGGAGACCCCCACGGUUUGGGACAGUCGGGGGCCCUUUUCUGCUUAUUUGCGAUCCUUCCCCAGGCGGCGGAGCCGGAGAGGACUAAGUGAGGUCGCCUGAUCAGCCUUCACGGUAUCUUCCGGCUCUGUGGCUGCCUCGGUGGCCGUCACCCCUGCUCCCCGCACCCGGGGGGCGAUGAGCGGGGGGCGGCGGGACGUGGUGCUGCCCGCAGCCUCCUCGCCGCCCGCCGUCGCCCGCCGGGUGUUAAAUGCAGCCAGGCUGCCAGCUCCCACCCUGUGGCUAGAUGCAUCCAUCUGCCCCGAACCCCCUCGCGGAAGCCUACGGCAAAGACAUAUGGCAUCCAGGAGAAAGAUGUCUUGCCCCUUCUCCAGACAAUGCAAAACUCUGUGAAGCAUGCAUAAAAUCUAUCAUAGUGGAUGAAAAUGGGAAGUCAUUUGCAAUUGUCUUGUAUCCAGAUUUCCAAGAAAGUAAAGUACCUUUUAAAAGACUUCAGGAAGUAAAAUCUAUUAAAGAUAAUCCCAGGAAUUUCAUAUUUGAUGAUGAAGAUUUGGAAAAACCUUACUUUCCUGACCGAAAAUUUCCAUCAUCUGCUGUUGCCUUUCAAUUAUCUGAAGAUGGAGAUUCUAUUCCAUACACUAUUAAUAGGUAUCUGAGAGACUACCAAAGAAAAGGAGCCCAGUUUCUUUAUGGACACUUCAUCCAAGGAAGAGGAUGUAUUCUUGGUGAUGACAUGGGACUUGGAAAAACAGUACAGGUAAUUUCAUUUUUGGCUGCAGUUUUACAUAAAAGAGGGACUCGUGAAGAUAUUGAAAAUAACAUGCCAGAAUUUUUACAAAGAACGAUGAAAAAGGAACUCACUUCUUCUGCAGGAAAAAAGAUGUUUUUAAUAGUCGCUCCUCUUUCUGUCCUCUAUAACUGGAGAGAUGAACUGGACACCUGGGGGUAUUUCAGAGUCACCAUUUUACAUGGUAGCAAGAAAGACAGUGAACUGCUUCGUGUAAAACAAAAGAAAUGUGAAAUUGCUCUAACAACUUAUGAAACACUACGCUUAUGCCUGGAUGAGCUUAACAGUUUGGAGUGGUCAGCAGUUAUUGUAGAUGAAGCUCACAGAAUCAAGAAUCCAAAGGCUAGAGUCACAGAAGUUAUGAAAGCUUUAAAAUGUAAUGUUCGUAUUGGCCUCACUGGAACCAUUCUUCAGAACAACAUGAAAGAGCUGUGGUGCGUUAUGGACUGGGCUGUGCCAGGAAUUUUAGGUACCAAGACCCACUUUAAGAAGCAAUUUUCUGACCCAGUAGAACAUGGCCAGAGACACACAGCUACAAAAAGAGAAUUAGCUACUGGCCGGAAGGCCAUGCAAAGGCUUGCAAAAAAGAUGUCUGGAUGGUUUCUCAGACGUACCAAGACUCUUAUCAAGGAUCAGUUGCCUAAGAAGGAAGACCGGAUGGUGUAUUGCUCUCUAACAGAUUUUCAGAAAGCUAUUUAUCAGACAGUAUUAGAAACAGAAGAUGUAACCUUAAUACUGCAGUCUUCUGAGCCUUGUACUUGUAGCAGUGGCCGGAAAAGGCGAAAUUGUUGUUAUAAGACUAAUUCUCAUGGUGAAACAGUAAAAACCUUAUAUUUCAGUUACCUUGCUGUCCUUCAGAAAGUGGCUAAUCACGUUGCAUUACUGCAGACUGCUGGCACUUCUAAACAGCAGGAAACACUUAUCAAAAGGAUAUGUGAUAAGGUCUUUUCUAGAUUCCCAGAUUUUGUGCAGAAAAGCAAAGAUGCAGCAUUUGAAACACUUUCUGACCCAAAAUACAGUGGGAAAAUGAAGGUACUGCAGCAACUUUUAAAUCAUUGCAGGAAAAACAAAGACAAAGUUCUUCUUUUCUCCUUUUCCACCAAGUUGCUUGAUGUGUUGCAGCAAUACUGUAUGGCGUCUGGGCUUGAUUACCGACGACUUGAUGGAAGUACAAAAUCAGAGGAAAGAAUCAAAAUUGUAAAAGAGUUCAAUAGUACACAAGAUGUUAACAUCUGCCUUGUCUCCACAAUGGCUGGAGGACUGGGACUCAAUUUUGUUGGUGCCAAUGUUGUUGUAUUAUUUGAUCCUACUUGGAAUCCAGCCAGUGACCUUCAAGCCAUUGACAGAGCAUAUAGAAUUGGUCAGUGCAGAGAUGUGAAAGUGCUUAGGCUAAUAUCUCUGGGAACUGUGGAGGAGAUCAUGUACUUAAGACAAGUAUACAAGCAGCAACUUCAGUGUGUGGUGGUUGGAAGUGAAAAUGCCAAGCGAUAUUUUGAAGCAGUUCAAGGAUCAAAAGAGCACCAAGGAGAGCUUUUUGGGGUUUCUAAUCUCUUCAAACUAAGGUCCCAAGGGUCAUGUCUUACAAGGGACAUCCUAGAGAGGGAAGGUCAAGUUGAAGCAGGAAUCAUGACAGCCACAACGUGGUUGAAAGAGGAACCUCCAGCACACAAACUUGGAAUGCCUAAAGAGUCUGCAUGUCAAGAGACCAGAGCUCAAGAAGAACCUGCACAACCACUGGCAAAAGAAACAUUUGAUCUCUGCAGUGAUUUUAGUGAUGAUGAGUCAGAGGCAAAUUCAAGAAAAAAGACUGCCAAGAAUAAAGCAUAUGACUCAAGAAAAGCUUCGGGUUCUCCUGGACAACUUACCUUACACCAAUGUGGCUUCUCUAAAUUUUUUGAAACAAAAUGUAUAGCAGUCAAAGACGGUGAUGGAAAUAGUGCCUCUGAUGAUGGAAGUUCUGAAGAACAGCCAAUAGCCAAAGAUGUUGACUGUCAGAAAAUUCUAGACUCUCUUGGUUCUUUGGAACAUCAGAAAUUAACUGAAAAAGGCGUUUUUGAUAAAAGUGAGAUAUUAGAGCAGAAUAUUUCUUCUGAGUCUGAUGGGGAGAAAAAUUUUAAAAACACAGCUGACCACCACUCUACUUUACAAAAUAUCACAGAAUCAGAUGAUAGUGAUAUCAUCUUUCCCACACAGUAUACUACUCAGAAAGUCACUAAACUUAAGCCACAUGUGGAUGAAUCCAAUGGUUCUGAAGCAGAAAACCCUGUGAAAAUAAGAAAUGAUGAUUAUAGAAGGACCAGAAUCCCAGAUGAUAGACUAAUUUCAAAACCAGUAAAUCCUGAGAACAUGACUCUGAAAUCUACUAUGAAAAGAAAAGACACUAGUGAUAUUAGUGAUGAAUCUGAUGACAUUGAAAUUUCUUGCAAAUCAAGAGUGAAAAAAAGAGGUACUAGUUCUUUGAGGUUUAGGAAAGAAAAGGAAAAUAAAAGGAAAAUGUGCAAUUUUAUGAAAACAAUGAAGAAAACAAACCAGUCUUUUGUAUCAGAGGAAGAUAGUAACUCUCAAGUUAUUGAUGACUUUUCAUCUUCGGACGAUGAUUUAUCUGUCAGCCAUGUUGGUUUCUCUAAACCAGUCCAUAGUCCAAAAACUAUAAAGGAAAAAAUUGACUUCUCUUCAAAAUUGCCUAGCCAUAAGAGAAAUAGCACUUUCCUGCCAAGAAAAGUAAUGAAAUGUUCAAAUGAAAGAGCAGUCAGUCAAGAGCAGAUGUAUGAAUCAAUGGACAAACUUUUAGGUGGUGUUCAGGAAGUGGCUUACAUUCACUCAAACCAGAAUGUGAUCGGAUCAAGCAAAGCUGAAAAUCAUAUGAGCCGAUGGGCCCAACGGGAUGUAUUUGAAUUGAAGCAGUUUUCUCAGCUUCCUGCUAACAUAGCUGUUUGUACUGCUAAGACAUAUAAAGAAAAAAGGAAGACGGGUACAUUGACUCAAAUAAAGGCAAAACAACAACUAAGUGAAGGAAGCACCCAAGCUCCCCUUUACCUUUCACACCCUGUGUGCCAAAAGAAGAAAAAAGUCUACCGUGCAGAACAGAACACCUUCAUAAUUGGAGAAACACCGAAAGGGAUCCGCAGAAAACAAUUUGAAGAAAUGGCUUCUUAUUUUAACUUGUCGUCAGUAAAGGAAUUCGCUGAACAUAUAACUAAUGCCACUUCAGAAGAACGACAGAAAAUGCUAAGAGACUUUUAUACCUCUCAGUAUCCAGAGAUAAAAGGAUUCCUUAUAGAUUGUGCUUCAGAAAUCAAGUCUGCCAAUGAAGAAGGAAAAAAAGUCAAGUGUAAGUCUGAAAAAAGAGAAUCACCUGUAAAAGAAAGGCUGCCUGAGCCAGAAACUAUGUCAUUUAAAGAUUCAACAAAAAAGAUCUCUCAGAUUCCCAGCCCAAAAAUACAUAAGGAAAAAUCAAUUAAGUUUCAAAAUCAAAGUGGUUUCUGUAGAGAAAUGCUUUCUAAUAACACAGAAACUAAGAAGUUACCUAUAAAUUCUACCCAAGAAAUUGACAAGGGGGAAAGCAGCCAAGUAUGCAAAAAGGCUGUAGCAUCUUGUUUCCUGAACAGUAAGUCCGAAGCAUGUGAGAGAAAGGCCAUGAAAGACCAACAAGACCUCACAACAACAGACAUUUCAAGAAAUGGACCCCUUUUCAAAGAGGAAAACAAAACGAUAGAAAACCCAGUGUUAGAAAACACUUCUGUGGUAGGCUUACUUGGUGACACCUCUAUUCUUGAUGACCUCUUUAAAAGUCACGAGAACAGUCCCCCAAGACUGCCAAAGGAAGUUCUUUCAGGGCCCGUGAAAAAAGCGAAACAGAGACCAAAAGAUUUCUGGGACAUCUUAAAUGAACAGAAUGACGACAGCCUUAGUAAACUCACUGACUUGGCAGUGAUAGAGAGUCUAUGUGAAAAAGUACCCCUUGCUACCUCCUCUAAAAACAAAGAGGAACUAGAAACUUCUCUCUGGAAAUCAAAUGAGAACUUUUUGUGGAAAAAAUUUAGGUCAGGUGACACAGAUGAAAGCACAUGAUACACAAGAAUGAUACAGACAUAAAUAUGCUAAUGGAUUACUGUCACUCUUCACUCUUGCCAUCAACAUGUGAAGCGCUGUAUUCCGCACUAAAUAUUUCACCAUGAACAUAGUUGUCAUCAUACAUUAUUUUAUUAAACUGUUGUCCCUAGUUUUAUUUUAAUUU